AUGGGGCCAUUUAAGAGUUCUGUUUUCAUCUUGGUCCUUCACCUUCUGGAAGGGGCCCUGAGCAACUCACUCAUUCAGCUGAAUAACAACGGCUAUGAAGGCAUUGUCAUUGCAAUUGACCCCGAUGUGCCGGAAGAUGAAACACUCAUUCAAGAAAUAAAGGACAUGGUGACUCAGGCAUCUCCAUAUCUGUUUGAAGCUACAGGAAAAAGAUUCUAUUUCAAAAAUGUUGCCAUUUUGAUUCCUGAGAAAUGGAAGACAAAACCUGAGUAUAUGAGACCAAAACUGGAGACCUACAAAAAUGCUGAUGUUCUAGUUGCCGAACGUAAUCCUCCAGGAAACGAUGAUCCCUAUACUGAGCAGAUGGGAAAUUGUGGAGAAAAGGGUGAAAGGAUUCAUUUCACUCCUGACUUCAUAACAGGAAAAAAGUCUCAAUAUGGACCACAAGGAAGGGUAUUUGUCCAUGAAUGGGCACAUCUACGAUGGGGAGUAUUUAAUGAAUACAAUAAAGACCAGAAAUUCUACUUAUCUAAUGGAAGAAACAAAGCAAUAAGGUGUUCGGCAGAUAUUACUGGUAAAAAUGUAGUAAAGAAGUGUCAAGGAGGCAGCUGUGUGACCAAAUCCUGCAAAGUUGAUAAGGUAACAGGGCUGUUUGAAAAAGGAUGUGAGUUCCUACCUGAUCGUGAGCAGACGGAGAAGGCUUCCAUAAUGUUUUCACCAAGUGUUAAUUCUGUGGUCGAAUUCUGUACAGAAAAAAACCACAACAAAGAAGCCCCAAACCUGCAGAACCAAAGAUGCAACCUGCGAAGCACCUGGGAAGUGAUUAGCGGCUCUGAGGACUUUAAGAAAACCACUCCUAUGACGACACCACCACCCAAACCCACCUUCUCAUUGCUGCAGAUCGGACAGAGAAUUGUGUGCUUGGUCCUAGAUAAGUCUGGAAGCAUGAAAAGUGGUGACCGCCUGAAACGAAUGAAUCAAGCAGGCAAACUUUUCCUGCUGCAGACGGUUGAGCAAGGGUCCUGGGUCGGCAUGGUGAUGUUUGACAGUGCCGCCCAAGUCCAAAGUGAACUUGUACAGAUAAACGGUGGCGCGGAAAGGGAGGCGCUCAUCAGAAAGCUACCCACAGCGGCCUCAGGAGGAACAUCCAUCUGCAGUGGACUUCGAUCAGCAUUUACUGUGAUUAGGAGGAAAUACCCAACAGAUGGAGCUGAAAUUGUGCUACUGACUGAUGGGGAGGACACCUCCAUAAGCACAUGCUUUACUGAGGUGAAACAGAGCAGAGCCAUCAUCCACACUGUUGCCCUGGGGCCCGAUGCAGCGAAAGAACUGGAGGAGCUGUCUAAAAUGACAGGAGGUUUGCAGACAUAUGCUUCAGAUCAGGCUCAGAACAACGGCCUCAUUGAUGCUUUUGGGGCCCUCUCAUCAGGAAAUGGAAUUGUCUCCCAGCGCUCCAUCCAGCUUGAGAGUACAGGAGUAACUCUCCAGGCCAGUCAGUGGAUGAAUGGCACAGUGAUUGUGGACAGCACCGUGGGAAACGACACCUUGUUUCUCAUCACCUGGACAAUACAGCCUCCCCAGAUCCUUCUCUGGGAUCCCAGCGGAAAGAAACAAGAUGGCUUUGUAGUGGACACAGACACUAAAAUGGCCUACCUCCCAAUCCCAGGCACUGCCAAGGUUGGCAUUUGGAAUUACAGUCUGCAAGCAACCGCCCAGACCCUGACUUUGACUGUCACCACCCGCGCAUCCAGUGCUACCUUGCCUCCAGUUACAGUGACCUCUAAAAUGAACAAAGACAAAGGCAAUUUCCCUAGCCCUAUGGUAGUUUAUGCAAAGGUUCACCAAGGAAACUUGCCGAUUCUGAGGGCCAGUGUCACAGCCCUGAUAGAAUCAGCAAAGGGAAAAACAGUUACCUUGGAACUAUUGGACAACGGAGCAGGUGCCGAUGCUACUAAGGAUGAUGGUAUCUAUUCAAGAUAUUUUACAGCUUAUGAUACAAAUGGUAGAUACAGUGUAAAAGUGCGGGCUCUGGGAGGAGUGAACGCAGCUAGACGGAGAGUUACGGCCCAGCAGAAUGGAGCCAUGUACAUACCUGGCUGGAUUGAGAAUGGCGAAGUAAAAUGGAAUCCACCAAGACCUGAAAUUAGUAAGAAUGAUCUUCAAGGCAAGCAAGUGUGUUUCAGCAGAACAUCUUCAGGAGGUUCUUUUGUGGCCUCCAAUGUCCCAAAGGCUCCCAUACCUGAUCUCUUUCCACCUUGCCAAAUCACUGACCUGACCGCAAAACUCCAAGGGGACAAUCACAUCAAUCUGACAUGGACAGCUCCUGGGGAUGAUUAUGAUUACGGGAGAGCUUACAAGUAUAUCAUUGGAAUAAGCACAAGUAUUCUUGAUCUCAGAGACAAGUUCAAUGAAUCGGUUCAAGUGAACACUACUAAUCUCAUUCCAAAGGAGGCCAACUCUGAGGAAGUCUUUGUGUUUAAACCAGAAAGCAUCCCUUUUGAAAAUGGCACAGAUCUCUUCAUUGCUGUUCAAGCUGUUGAUAAGGUCAACCUGAUGUCAGAAAUCUCCAACAUUGCACGAGUAUCUUUGUUUAUUCCCCCACAGACUCCUCCUGAGACACCUAGUCCUUCCCUUCCUUGUCCUGAAAUUAAUGUCAACAGCACCAUUCCUGGCAUUCACAUUUUAAAAAUUAUGUGGAAGUGGCUGGGAGAAUUGCAGCUGUCAGUAGCCUUGGGUUGAGUUUUCAUGAGGUAAAUAAAGCAUCCAUCCUUUGGAUCAUAAAA